GACAAACCGAGCUUGCUGUGCGCAACUUGUCAAGUUUCCUCGCGGGUCGCUGCAAUCAGAUGGAGCUCUCACCAGUUUGGCACAGGUUGCGCGUGAGGCGCAAAUCUGUCACCGCAUACACCCUGGCAACAGUCGUCGUGAUUUCCCUGCUGGCCGGCCUUUUGCACUCUUGCGCAGCUUCACCACCAACAAAGAGAGUGGACAGUGAUCUGGAGGCCAAUCUUUCACCAGCAGCACGCUGCGCCCUGCAUUGCGCAGCAAAUGUCAUUGGCACUGCGGAUUCAGCUGCAAACCGCACUGUUGGUGUAACCAGAAGUAUGUGGAGCAGGCUUGUGCAUGCUUCUAGUGCAGCGAAGGUGAGCUCAGCAGCCUCAAUGGCUGAACUUGCGCAGGAAGCUUCCCGCGCAUCAACUUGGGUCGCUGCCUCCCCACUGGCACAGAGUGGUGCCCAACAAGCCAAGGCAAUCAGGCGACAAUUAGGCCGUGCUUGUGUGCAAGUUGUGGACUCAGCUCAGGCAACAAAAUGCCGAGCUAUGGCUUGCUGCGCGGCUGCGGCGCAUUCCCUGGCAGGAGUGGCCGAAGUCAUUGCUGAGUCUGCAGAAAAGGCCUCUUCGAUGUCACAGCAAAGGUCUGAUAGUGAGGAGAAGUGAGGCCAGUAGUUGCACGAUUUGAUUUGAAGUCAUACUGUAUCCAAAUUAGAUUGGGCUGAAGUGCAUUGAAGUGGAAGUUCCGCCGGCUGAUGUUCCCCUGGGUUCAGGGUGUGAUGCCAGUUUCAGAACUUGGC